AUAUUGAGUCCUAGAGCAACACUGCGUUUUGUUUGCGGGCGAUACUCAUUUGUUGAAAAUGGAGGCGUGAUGGCAGUGCGAUUGUUGGAAAACCAGGAUUUUGAUGUUGCUGAUUGUGAUAAUAUCAAAUUUCGAAAAUCACCAUGGCUGGAAACAAAAUUAACACUAAAACCAAAGGAAAAGAUGAUAAAACUAAAACAAACAAAGGAAUAGUUCAGGCUAAUGAAGAUAAUGAGGAUUUGGAUUUUUCUCUCCUUAGAAAACCUAUAUUCACUAGUAUUACUAGUUUUGCUCAAGCAAGAAAAAUCUUUGACUUAGCUACGGAAGAACUCAAAGGAUUAAUAUCAAAUGAAUGUGACAUAUUAUAUGAAUGUAAAGUUUGCCGUAAUAUUUUCAGAAGUUUAGCAAAUUUUAUAUCCCAUAAACGUAUAUAUUGCAUGGAACAUUUUAAUUCAACCUUACAUGGCCAGUUUUUUAAAAUGAAUUCAACUGCCAAUGAAAUGAUGAAAAUUAAAAGAUUGGAGGAAAGUUAUUUUAAAACAUUGAAAGAAAAAGAAAAAAUAGAAAUAGUUGAUAUCAAUGAUGCUGACAACCGAAUACCAUUAACAAAAGAUAUAUCAGCUAUAAUUGAAAAUAUAGUUAAAAGUAAAGGGGUAAAUGAGAAUAUAACUGACGAGCCACAGUUAGUUUUACAAAAGGUGCCAAACAGCUCCGUAGCUGUAUUUCAGAAUAUUGAUAAUGCUAAUGAAAAAGAAGAUAAAAUGAGGACUCAAAUAAAAGAACUUCACAGUAUUUUGUCUCAAGACCAGGCUGUACUUCAAAAUGAUGGGAAAUUCAAGAUUCAAAGCAGUUUGUUAAGUGACACAGAUAAUGUCAUACAAAUUAGUGAUGAUGAUGAUAAUGAUGGCAUUAACAACCUUAAAUGCAAAAUAUGUGACCAAAACUUUUCUACUCUAAAAACACUAAAAUUUCAUAUGAAAUACAAACAUCUGGAAAGCCGCUUAGUCUUCUCAUGUCCAGAUUGUCUAGAAAUUUUUUCAACAUCAUGGAGUGUUUAUCGUCAUCUUUUUAAAGUGCAUCGCAAAACGGCAGCUCAAAUAAGGCGACUAAGGGAAUCGAUCCAGGCAAAAGCAUUCAAAAUGAAUAAUCCACCAGCAUUCUAUGAGAAACGUAAAAAUAUUAAACCACCAGUGACACAAAAACUAAGUGAAGAGGAAAGAUUGGAUCAAGAGAAUCAGGCUUGGGUAGACAAUGUUGAAGGGGAUAGCGAUAUACCCCGUUGUUUUGGUUGCGGGCGUACAUUUGAGCGGCGGGCGGCUCUGGCGGCGCACACGCACACGUGCCAGACAAGAUCUCGAGCAUUGGCGCGCAGACCACAAGAAACUAAGAAGAUAGAGAUACAGAUACGGAAAGAUUACAAUAAGGGCCCGGCUGCCAACUUGAAUAUGUCCAUCAAAGCAGCUGAUCCUAAUGAAAAUAAGCUUCCAAAUGACGAAAAUCCAAGUGGUCUUAAAACGGGUAAAGAAGACACGAAAGAAAUGGAAAAGCCUGUAGAAAAUCAUGUUUCUGAAGAAUCUCUGAUGGAUACAUCUGAAACUUUGCAAAAACCUGCGGAUUCCCCUGAAAAGAUUAUUGAAGAAAAAGAUAAGACUUCCGAAAUUAAAACCCCAGUUGCAUUAGACAUAUCCAAACCAAUGUUUAAGUUGCCAUUUGUACAGCACAUUGAAAAAUCAAAUUUGACUGCUUUUAGACAAAAAAUCCAACCAGACAUAGAUAUAAAUAAACUUUUGUGCAGAAAGUGUAUUAUUCAACAUGAAAAUGUCCAAGAAUUAUACAUCCAUAUGGCUAGUCAUUAUAAAUGGAUGCGUUAUGCAUGUAAAUUAUGCAACUUCAAACACUAUGACCUUGAGAAACUUCCGGAGCACGUCAAAGUAGUUCAUAAACUAAAAGGUGAUAAUGAUUUCUACUUUAGCACUGUGAAAGCCAUUGACGGUAAUGAAGCAUUGGAGUUAGCAGAAAGCUUAGAUGAAAAUACUGAUGCCAAUAGUCCCGAGUCUCGCCGGCAAAGUCGCUGUUCCAGUGAUUCAAGUCGACUAUCAGAUGACAGUUCUUCUAGUGGUACACGCGCCGAGUCAGGAACACGCAAGAGAAAAAUUUGUCAAAUAAAAGGAUCGGCUAAGAGGAAAAGAGAUAUGUUGACUAUUGAUGAUGAUGAAGGAUCGAAAUCGGGUGACAUAGAUAAAGAAGUAAAUUGUGCAAUAGAAAAUGGUUCUUCCCCGAUUAUGAAAACAUUUGAAGAAAACUCUUCGGAUAUGGAUGAAAUUGAAGAUAAGAUAUCAAAGAAACAUUUUAUUGAGAGCAAUUCGUCAGUAGCGUCACGUCGACCCGUUCGCAAAAAGACGAAACCUAAAAAUGAAGAUUUUGAAUAUGAUUUAUCGAAUUUACUCAAAAUGGAAGCUCAAGGAUACCGAGAUUCCCAAUCCGUUACUACAAAAUCCAGUCAAAAUAAGAAAAAACCAAACAUGGACAAUUCAAAUUAUUAUGAAAUUGUAAAUCGCGAUUGUGGGGGGGCCUUGGCCACACUUUCUAAAAGGGCAGUUGAAAGAUUCACGGCACUCAUUAAAAAUAGUAGUUUUAUUUCAAUGAACGUGCAAAAAGAACCAAAACCCUCUAACAUAUUUGUAAGACCUAUGUUGCCUAAAAGUUUAUCCAGAGGAGAUAAAAUUUCGCCUAAAAAAGAAAUAACUGAAGAUAACAAAAGCCCUCAAAAAGAAAUUAAACCCAAUAAAACUAUUCCUGAAGAUACUACGAUCUCCGAAAAAGAUCUGAAAACUGUCCCAGAAACAUCUAAAAGCACACCACCAACUGAAGAAAUAACUGAAACAAGCAAUGCAAUAAAACCUAAUAUGAACAUCCCAUCAGUCGUGCCCAUUAAAUUACGGCGUCAAAGCUUAGAAGUAAUUAAAAAUCCCCUUAUAAACAAAAAUAUAACUGAUUUUAAAAAGGCCGGUAUGAAAACAAAAAUAUUAGUUAUUAAACCAAUUAACAGGAAUAAAGACGGAACUCCGGUUUCAAAUACACCUUUAAAAUUUCAAACUAUAAAAUUAAAAGACCCUUCUAAAACAUUAACUUCAAGUGAAGAAAAAAUAUCUGACCAAGUAGUAGUAGUAAAAGUUCCUAAUGUUGACUGUGCGAUUUCACUCCAAAAGUCUGAUAAAAAUGCAAGCUGCGCAAAACUUAAUGCGGUAGUUGAUACUGUCAAUAACAACGAAACACCAAGUCAAUUCUCAAAUCCACAAAUAAACAAUAAUAUCGGUAAAGAAGACAUGGUUAACAAUCUCGUCAAUGAAGACAUUUUAGUAAAUAAUACCGAUAAUAAUGUAAAUAAUAGUGAUGCCAAUGUUAGUAAACUUGUAACUGAAGAUAGUUUGAUAAGUGAGAAUGAACAAAUACUAGACAAUGAAUUGAUAGAAGCUACAACAUAACGUGCCAAGAUAUACCACAUUUUAACAUCCUAAACUGUUAAAUUCAGUUUAAUUAGGUAUGUAAGCUUAUGGCAAAGCAAACAAAUAUUGUGAAAGUCAAGCCGAGUGAAUCUGUUCAUCUGUCCCUUUAAGCCUUAG